AUGUGUAUUUCCUGGCUAUUCCGUCCGCUUUCCACUUGCUUCAGUAGAGGUUAUCCAUUUUAUCCCAAUGAAUAUUCCUGUAUGAAUCUUGAUAAUUUCAGAUCACGACAAGCCGUCCAAUUCGCCGACGGACGGGCCUGAAGAUCUCGCUUUCGGCCAAUCUACCUCUUCCAAUUAUCGUAUGCUGACCGAUUUAUUCAAUUAGUCAAAGAAACGCUUUCAGAAAUGACUUCAAAUGAAGAUGUGAGCAGACACGGAACAAAAGUGAAGAAGAGCACAGUGGGAGACGCCACGUCGACGAACGGAAAGAACAAAACGGGCGGUCGGUCACCACGUAAAACCAUUUCGUUCGUCUCUUCCAAGUUCUGGUUACGACUCGUUCGUCCGUGGAAAUGGAGGAAUCUCAGGCGGAAAGUCAGAAGGUUGGUUCCGGAGCGCAGCCAAUCAAUACGCUCUUCCGAAAGAUUGUUCAGAAGCGACAGUGAACGAUCUUCCUCGCACAACCGAGUGAAUUCGGUUUCCAACUUCCCGACGACGUCUCCGUCUCUUCCAGAAUUGUCAUCGAUUGUCAGAGACGAUAUUGCAGAUGUGGCCGCCGGCGCAGGUGAGGCUUUGAUCACAAAAUUUCGAAAAAGCCCCCAAGUUUUGAAUUCCACCCCCGACAAUACAGAGAGCGUGGUCCGUGGAGAGACGCAGACUAUCGGCGACUAUUUGCUCGGAGACGCCACUUGAACGAUGGUGUGAACCUCACAAAAAACAGUUUCCGCCGGAAGUUGUGCACGUUAUUCGUCCUCUUCUCGUCCGCGCUCUUCUCUUAUCUCUUGUUCUCUUUGCUCAGCCAGACUCCGCCACGGGUUAUCAGUUUCUUUUCUUCACAGAGCACAAAGAUGCUCGCGAUAUCUCGUGCUUUCGUGAGCCGCUGCCUCUGCUGCAGCUUCGCAUUGUUCCCCGAGCAACAGUUGUUAUUGCAGACAACUCGGAAGCGAUCACCUACCGACCCGCCACCUCCGCCUCGAACUUUUCCGAAACGUGAGUAUUUCUCUAUGAUUUAUGAGCAUUUGGUGUACAACAUGUAACACUGAUAUCCUGCUUUUUUCAUUCUUGUUUCAUUAGUUUCCUCACAAAAUGGCUCAAUAUCUAAGUCGAUAUCUCAUUCAUCACUUUAUUACCACGUGAUUUCGAAGGUUUGUUAUUGCAGUUCUCAGCCGCAGCCGUUGAUCGUCGAUCCCUCCCGCGUGGCGCUCGUUCGGACUCGUCUUCAAGACUCCGCCGAGCUUGCCACUUCCUCAUCAUCCUCCAUUCCUCAACGGGUUCAAUUUGUGCAUUCAUCUUCUGCAAAUAAUUCGGCAGUUUUCAACGCUCCGCCUCCUCCAGCUCUGAUCAUCCAGCCACCGAACGAUCGGGAUUCGGACGAAGAGAAUAUCAAUUACGAUCAGAGCACAGAGAGUGAGCACGAAGAAGAAGAGGGAGAGAGUAUGCGUGCUGCCGCGAGAAGAGGAGAACUUAGCCCGCAGACGUCCCGAAUGCUCAAGGAAGGCUACCGUCGCAUCGAGGCGAAGGAGCCGAACUUCACCGCGCAGCCGGAUAAACCGGUCCUCCGCAAGCCGGGCCAGCCAUCGAGACUGCGACUAAACGGGAAGACGGGCCGUUCGUCGAAGGAAGAAGGCGACAGCAGUCCGUUGCCUUCAAAACUGACGGACGAUAGCGACAGCGAUGCUCCGAUUCAGUACAGGGACGAGCCGAUGAGUGCUGCUGCCGCCGCCGCACGGAGAGCCGCCAAUGUGGCACCUCCGACGUCUUCAUCAAAUACAGAUGAUGAGGAAGAGGAAGACGUUCCGAUUCAGAAAAGUGAGUGGGAAGGGGAACAAUUUAGAAAGUGCAGGUGAUUUGAUUCUUCAGACGGUCUGGCUUCAAAAGUGGCCAGAAGAGAUACGAUUGCGUUGAAGUUGGAUGCUCCGCCGUGUAAGGAUGACAUAAACGGGCAGACGGCCGACGAUCGGAAGAAGCUCAUGAAGACGGCGUCAAUCAAAUUGGCACGGUAAGCUGGAUUCAGAUUAUCCUCGCAACGAAAGAGUCAGUUUUUAUAGAAAAUUGAGCGAACGUCCGACGCCAGAAGAACUCGAAGAUAGGAAUAUUUUGAGAAGACGUGGAAUGACGACGUCUGAAGCGAUGGAGGAAAAACGAAAAUUACUUCUCAGAAAGGUAGGCGUUCAUUAAAUUGGCAAAUGAAUGAAAUGAUCCGUUUCAGCUGAGUUUCCGACCGACAAUUAUGCAGCUCAAAGAGCAGCAGAUAAUUCAAUUCAACGAUUACGUCGAAGUGACACAGGCAGAGGUCUACGACCGUAAAACGGACAAACCGUGGACCCGCCUGACGCCUUCCGACAAGGCGAUGAUCCGGAAGGAACUGAACGACUUCAAGGCGACCGAAAUGGAUGUGCACGAGGAGAGCCGUGUAUUCACAAGGUAUUUCCCACUGUUCGGUCCGUUUCCGCUCGAGACCCAAAUUGUUGCAGAUUCCACCGAUGA